AUCCCUAUAAGUGCAUAAUGCAACAAGAUGGUGACAUAUUUAUCCACUAGUAAUCCGUGCAUUUCAUUGGUUAUUGGAAACACGUCGUCGUCUGCAGUGAUCCGUGUAAUGCUUUGUCUCGGUUUGACGUGAGUAGCAGUACUCGUGCCUACUCAUGCCAGUUUAAGAAGUCGUCUGAAGAAAAAGUCAUUAAUAUUUGGGCGAUUUAAUGCGGUUACGUUUAUCGCAAAAUGUAUUUGAUGGAUACGUCGUAAAACUCGUGUCUCGUUAUUCACGUUUAUUAACAUAUUUGUUUUAUUCGAAAAUUACAUAAUGAACGUGCAUUAUUCAUCGAACGGAAGAAAGGGGGAUACGAACGUCAAAAUCAUGCCAGCACCACCUCCGCCAUUAACAAAUUUAACAGAGGCACCUGUGUGCCAGAAAACAGAGGUGAGCGACCCUGAUUCUUUGCCCUCUUGGGCUAAAAUCACACUUACGUCUGCAGAGGCAGAAAUAGAAAAAUUAAUUACAAGUAAUGAAUUGAAGGAUGCAGAAGUGACUUACUUUUGUCAAGUCGAACCUAUUCUACAAGAUGGACCACAAUGCGGUUUAGUAGCCCUCGCAAUGGCAUCUCAAGAAUAUACAAAACCUGUUUCUGUUAGUCAAUUGUUAGCAGAAGCUAGAGUAAGAGGUUUCACUCAACACGGAGAAGUAUACAGUGUUGAUUUUAUGGGUACCUUGGCAGCUGAAUAUUUGCCUGAUCAUAGACCGGAUAUUUUGGUUGAUUUACAACAAUGUCCGGAUACUUUAACUCAUGCAUUAGCACAUGGAGCUAUGGUGCUUAUACCAUACGAUUCAGAUUUCAAUCAUGCUCCUUGCUUAAAGAGAGGUCAUAAAGCUCAUUGGGCAUUACUUGUAGGACUUAUAUCAUCGAGGCAAGGGUAUCAUGUCUUAGCACGUCAUGGAAAGUCGCGUCACCUGGCUUGUUGGCCAUUACGUGAUUUAAUAGAAAGUAAUGGUAAUUUAGAAGAAGAAGGAACAACAAGACACGCAGGUGGAUACGUUAUACCAAAGGGUGGAGUUGGUGGCCAAAGAGGGCUACGUGGUAGAGCACUGGCAUUGCAUCCAUACAUAUAAAACAAUUAUGUACAAGAGCUGUAGAAAAUUAAUAUCGCAGUAAACGAAUGGGAAUCAUUAAUACAGUGUUACUAUAUCCAAGUUAUGAGAUUAAUAUUUGGGAAAUAACAUUUCAAGAAAAAAAAAAAAAGAAAAAAAAUACAAAAAAAAAAAAAAGAUAUACAGUGCUAAUACAAAAGCGAAUCUAUAGUUCUUUGUAAAACAUAACGCUUCAAAACUUAACGCAUACGCGAAUUACACAAUGCAAUUUUGCCAAAUGCAUGAAAAUGAGUAAAAUAAAAAAAAAAAAAUUGAAGAUAUUAAAAAAGAAAAAAAAAAAG